AGCUACGGCCGCACUGCGCAUUAGACGCGCGAGUUACAAAGGGGAAAAAGGAGGAGGGCGGGAAGGGGGAAGGGGGGGGGUAUAGUGGUUGUCGAGGGGUAUUGUAUGGAGUAUUAGAAGUUGAUGGUAAAUGCUGUAAAUGGCGAGUAGUGCUGGGAGAUACGGAACAUACAUGUCACAAGACAUGA